AUGUCUGCCAACGAGAACUCACCGCCGGUGGAGGCCGCUGCAGCUGCAGCUGCCGCCGCCGCGUCCACGCCACGGUCGCGGCUGCCGCGGUGGACGCGGCACGAGACGCUGGUCCUGAUCCAGGCUCGGCGCGCCAUGGAGCGGGGCGGGCUGCAGCUGCCGGCGGUGCGGCCGCGGCCAAAGUGGGCGGCGGUGUCGGCCUACUGCCGGCGCCACGGCGUGGAGCGCGGGCCCAUGCAGUGCCGGAAGCGGUGGGGCAACCUGUCGUGGGACCUCAAGAAGAUCGUCGCGUGGGAAGGGAAGGCCGUCGCCGGCGCCGGCGUCGGCGCUGCCGGCGACGCGCAGCACGAGUCGUUCUGGGACAUGCGCGGCGACCAGCGGCGCGCCAGGCAGCUGCCCUCGUCGUUUGACCGCGAGGUGUACGACGCGCUCGUCUGCGGCGCGUCCGCCGGUGGCGGCGUCGCCGCGGCCGUGAUGCCGCCGGACUUCGGCGACGGGGACCUGGAAGGGGUGUACCCGCAGCCGCCCAUCAUGGUCAUGCCAAUAUCAGUGAAGAAGUAUGAGCCCCCUCCUGCCUCUUCUGAACACGAAUGCUCUGGUCCAGUGACAGAGAGCGACCAGAAGAAGGCGGGCGCGGCGGCGGCGGCGUCGGACAAGAACUCGACGUCGUCGCAUCACGGUGGCGGCGGCGGCGGCGGCUUCAAGGACAGCGACGCGACGUUCGUGGCGGAUCAGGCAGAGGGCACCGCGACGGCCACGCCGCCAGCGGCGGCGACGGCGAAGGCCAGCAUCGAGAAGCAGGUGAUCGAGGCCCUGGAGAGGGGCAACCGGGCGCUGGCGCAGCAGCUGGAGGCGCACAGGAGCAUGUGGGACGCCGACAGGGAGCAGAGGGCGGCUCUUCUUCGCGCCAUGGACAGGGUCGCCGACGCCGUGUGCAGGAUCGCCGAUAAGCUCUGAGGGUCCCGGUCGCCGACGGGAGCUGGGACGCUUCGGUCGCCUUCGGGUCGCCGAUCAUGCAUGCAUUCAGAAUUUCAGGUACCAGGGCGCAUGGAUUAAGGGUGACGAUAUACAAUGGAGUAUAGCAGUGGCAUAUAUACAUCAUAUUAUUGCGAACUGGAAACUCCUAAAUCCUACUGAAACAAUGUGAUCUCUACCCACCUGCCCUGUCUCCAGUGAAUCUACAACUCUGAAACUUUUCUUUUUUUGAGGAAAUACUACUCUGAAACAUGGAU